AUGACCCUUGUAGAGACGAGCGUAUGGCUGAUACGCUUGUAUUUGAACCUGCUCCUUUUCAUCCCUCGCGUAUUUCUUGAGCUCCAUUUGACGUGGAAUCCUUUCGUAAUCCUCGCAAGAAAAGCUCUUAAACGCAUCAAUUCUACGCUCAAGACAAUCACUGGAGUCGACGCUAUGGACGACAGUGACAAGAUGCGCUGGCUACAACCUGGAGAGCGUGACGGCGAGCGCGUAGCCAUCGUGAGCUACCCUCGCUGUGGCAACUCGCUCAUGCGUGGUCUGUUAGAGAAGGUCACGGGUGUCUAUACGGGCUGUGACACUCGGCCAGAUCGAUCUCUUAGCAAGGAGCUACAGAAAUACGGCAUGAAGGGUGAAGGUGUCGUGAAUGAAUUGGUUUGGUUCGUCAAGACGCACUUCCCGGAACGCGUUGGCUAUAAGGAGUUUCCCGCGUCAAAGGCCAUCCUUGUGGUGCGCAACCCCUGGGAUGCCAUUGAUUCGUACUUUAACAUGACACUCACCAAUACGCACAACAAGAGCUUGCACGAGUCACAGUACAAACGCUUUGCCAACCGCUGGGACGGUCUGCUCCGCAAUGAGAUCGACGUCUGGAUGAAGUUUCAUCGGUACUGGACGACCAAGGUGGAUAUUCCUAUCAUUAUUGUCCGAUACGAAGACCUUAUCAUGCAUCGUGAAGAAACGCUGCGUCGUGUUUUCUUGUUCCUGACAGACUUGACGACACUGGAAGGCACGGAAUGGGAAAGACGUAUUCAUGACGCCAUGUCGACCAGCGGUGAAAAGGCUGGACCGUACAAACCUCGUAGUGGUAAGAUCGGAGGUUCAUUUCGUCAUUAUUCGGAGGAGCAGUUCCAAUAUAUUUUGAAGACGGCGAACCUGCCGCUGCGUGGAUUCGGCUACGACCCCAAGACGCAAAACUUUCCUAACGAAAUUUUGCUUCCGAAGCGACAGGUGAAACCGGGCAAGGAAUGCGAGAAGCUGCUCAUUUCAACCGACAAAGAGAUGGAGAUUCGCAAGAAAAACGACUCGUAUGGACGCGGAUCGACGUACUUUCGUCGAGCGCUUACAGAACCUGUCAUUGCAAACGAUGGCACGGAGCUGAACAUGGACGAGGUGCAAGCUGCAAGGGAGCGAUUGCUGGCCAAGAAGGAAGAGGCCAACGACGAAGCUGAAUCUAUAAGGAAGAUUUAA